CUUCGUUCCACAAUCACAAUGAAGCUCCUUUCCGGGUUUCUUCUUCUUAUCUCUGGACACUUUUUAACCGUUACAACUGCCUGCAGUCAGGAUAACUGUGCAAGAGCGGUCAAUGGCUCACGAAAAGGCCUUGAUUUCCAAUUUUCAGCCAAGCAAAACUGCUCGAGCUUUCUCAAGGUUACUGUCCAUCCAGCAACAAUCAUGCCAACACGGACCACAACUACAACAACGGCCAUCACAGGAACGACUACAUUGACGACUGAUAUACUUAAGAACUUCCAAUUCACACCAGUGGGAGGUUGCCAAGAAGAGCCGGCUCCGACAGAUGAGAUUUUGUGGGCGUAUAAUGCUUUUAAUGCGCCCCUUAUCUUGGAUGUCCAGCCCAGAAUGGUGGGUGUUAGACGUGGUUAUACAGCAGUGUUAACGAUCACGGAUGGUCCGACUGGCUGGCCUGUUCCUGGGGCAUUGUUUGCUGGAGUACUUUCAGAUGCCAAUGGAAAGGUUGUUUUCACUGCUAGCCAGGUUGGAACAUUCAAGUACAAGGCCACGAGAGGCGAUGCUAUCAGAAGCCCUGCUAUGGUUAUCACUGUAACAAAAUAGGCCAGUGUACUCUGGGAAGCGGAGACAUGCAAUUCUGUGAACGAAUUUAGGUAGUGAUAAUUCCAAAUGACCAACUUCUUCCCGUCAACACCAACAGUACAAGACGGAAUUAGUAUUAUGUGGUAAGAAGGCAAGUCUAUAAAGCUUUCGAUAAGUACGUCAAUAGAAGAGAAUAGUCUCCACCCAGCACACUGUACCAGCAACAACCCCAUCUAUUGCGCCCAAAGCCCACUUCGCCGGUUUUUCUCGUGCAACGCUACUGAAAUGGUCAAGGUGAGCCAAGGCUGUGGUUCCAGAAGUUGGCUUACAAAGGUUCCUUGAGACCGGAGAGUUUCACAAAACUGGUAAUUCCACAACU